AUGAAAGUAGAUGCAUCUCAACCAUUGUCUAUGGCGGAUGGAAAUAAUGCAUUUAAUAUUGAACAAGAUCAACUCAGGAUUAAAAAUUAUUUUAAAGAAUUAGGAGAAAGUUUUAAUUUGAUUUAUUUAAAACAUAAAUGGUUUGAUGAAAAAUAUUGGAAAUUAGCUUUUUGUUCAUCACCAUUUGAUUUUAUUAAUAAAUAUCCAAAUAUUUUUCUUCUCUAUCGAACAGUGUUAUUUGUUAUAACAAUAUUUGAUCUUAUUCAUGGUAUAGUUAUAACACGUCCUGUACAUGAAUGGGCAAUUUAUUAUACGCAUCUAACAUUGUUAAUAACUUUUUUUGCAAUUAUAUUUCAAUUUUUAAUAACUUAUCGGGUAAAUUUUUAUCAUGGAGAUAAUAUUGUUCCACGUCAUUCUUUACAAUAUAUUCAUAUAGUCUUAAUUUUGAUAUCAUUAGGAUCUGGUUUUAUUGUUAGUCUUGUUUAUUGGUCAGUUCUUUAUAAUCCAACAACACGAUCAUAUUAUCUAAAAAUAGUUCUUGAUCAUGGAAUUUUAUGGUUUUUAUUAUUAAUUGAUAUAUUUCUUUUUACACGUUUACCUGUUUAUAUGAUUGAUUGUAUACCAAUUAUACUUUUUUCUACUAUUUAUGGAAUGUUUACUCUUAUAAUAUUUAUUUUUAAAUUAAAAUUUAGUAAUAAUCGAAUUGGAUAUAUUUAUCUAGCAUUUAAUUUAAAUAAUUCACCAAUACGUGUAUUAAUUCAAAUGUUUGUAUUGAUAUUUAUUUUACCAAUUGUAAUAAUGUUUAUUUUAUGGAAUAUAUUUCGUUUACGUCGUUCAAUUCACGUAAAAAUAACAAAUGAAAGAGAAGAAUCAGAAUUAAAUGUUAUUGGUUAA